UGUGCGCACCGCGCCUGGCGGGAGGGAGCUCACGGUCCGGACAGCAGCAUCGACAGUGACGCGGGUGGAAGAUGGUCGGAAAUAAUUAACUCUCCUACAAAAACAGGCGGUUCGUGACACGAGCAAUGCGUCUGGACUCACUGCGAAUCCGUUUUCUUCACCGUGAACCAGUGCCCCCCCCGCGCGUCGCUCCGCUGGGACUGGGAACAGAAACAGAAAACCAUUUCGCAACCUCUUCUGUCUGCAGAAGUCUGGAUAUCAUCUUCCACACGGAGCCCGCGGCGGGUGAUCUGAGGGACUGAGGAGAGACACAGUGUGAAGAGACAUCGCUUGUCUUCACAAGAGGCUUUGAGCACUAAAGGGGCGGAGAGCGGCUGGUGUCGUCUGGGAGGGGGGGGCCUUCACUGCGCACACAAGCAUCGUCAACGCUGCUCGUCUCGCGUCCUCCACCACAACACACUCCACCGGGCAGGGCAGCAGGGAGGAGCAGAAGAAGAAGAAGAAGACAGCCUGGCUCGGAAAUCACGGAUCACACGGCGUUAAAAUGACGAUGUCCGUCCCGGAGAGGAAAUCGGGGUCGGAGGGGAAGGAGGAGGAGAGCGAGGACGAGAGCGAGAUCUUGGAGGAGAGUCCGUGCGGCCGCUGGCAGAAACGGAAGGAGCAGGUCAGCCAAGGUAAUGUCCCAGGGGUGGAAAGUGCCUCUCUGGCCAUGGACACAGAGGAGGGUGUGGAAGUGGUGUGGAAUGAGGUGCUCUUCUCUGACAAGAAGGUCUUCAAAGCACAGGAGGAGAAGAUCAAGGAGAUGUUUGAGAACCUGAUGCAGGUCGAACACCCAAACAUUGUCAAGUUUCACAAGUACUGGUUGGACAUGAAGGAGAGCCAGGCGCGGGUCAUAUUCAUCACAGAAUACAUGUCAUCAGGCAGCCUCAAGCAGUUCCUGAAGAAAACUAAGAAGAACCACAAGACUAUGAAUGUUAAGGCCUGGAAGAGAUGGUGCACCCAGAUUCUCUCUGCACUCAGUUAUCUGCACUCUUGUGACCCACCAAUAAUCCAUGGCAACCUGACAUGUGACACCAUCUUCAUCCAGCACAAUGGCCUAAUCAAGAUUGGCUCAGUGUGGCAUCGGCUUUUUGUUAAUGUGUUCCCAGAUGCCAGUGUCCAUGGUAAAGAGAGGCAGCACCGUGACGAGCAGAGGAAUCUCCAUUUUUUUGCUCCAGAAUAUGGAGCUGGCGAAGAUGAUUACGCCAUAGACAUUUUCUCCUUUGGCAUCUGUGCUCUAGAGAUGGCCGUCCUGGAGAUUCAGGCCAAUGGAGAUACAGCUGUCUCCAAGGAAGCCAUCGUCAAUGCAGGUCAAUCUCUGGAAGACGCUCUCAUGAGAGAGUUCACGCAGUCUUGUUUGCGUCAUGAAGCCAAGCUCCGUCCUACAGCUCACGACCUUCUGUUCCACCGAGUCUUGUUCGAGGUCCACUCCCUCAAACUCCUCGCUGCCCACUGCCUCAUCAGUAACCAGUACUUGCUUCCGGAGAACUGUGUGGAGGAGAAAACCAAGUCCUUUGACCCCAGUGCUAUCAUGGCAGAGAUUAAACAUGUGGACAGACAGGGAGUUCAGCUCAAAUAUUCCCAUGUGUCUCCUUUGGAACUUGACAAGUUUUUGGAGGAUGUCAAGAAUGGGAUUUACCCAUUAAUGAACUUUGCUUCAUCCCGGCCUCAUCCCGUCCCUCGUGCACUGUCCUUGUCUCAGGAGCAGGUGGAGACAGUCAAGACGCCGACUCCUGAACCCCAGGAAACAGAAACAAGGAAGGUUGUUCAGAUGCAUUGUAAUUUGGAAUCAAAUGAUGAAGGGACCAAAACUCAUGUGAGUCACAUAGUAUUACAGCUCUCUUUGUUUCUGAAGAUGGAUGACAAACUUCACAGGCAGCUUAGCUGUGACAUCCUUCCAACUGACACCUCCAAAGACCUUGCCAGUGAACUUGUUCACUAUGCUUUCAUAAAUGAGGAGGACAGUGAGAAGGUGGCAGGGUUCCUGGAGGACGCCAUCAGCCGACACCGGGUCCGGACGCUUGCCUCUGGGAAUGCACAAUGAGGAGGGGUCACGACAAAGUCUGGCCCCGACUCAGGGGCCUGGUGUGUUGACCAAAUGCAUAAAGAAAGGGAGAAGGCAGCGGGCAGAAUCAUACAGCCGGGAACGGAGGGGAGCCAUAAGGAGCUGACCCAAGUGGGGAUCAAAUCAACCACCACAGAGAGAAGGAAGAGAUGCUAGCACUACGAGAGGAAUUGAAGGCACCCUUGAUUGGAGGACCAGAGGCAUCAUGGUUGUGUUCAGCAGUCCCACAAAGCAGUGGAAGAUCAACAAACUCCCUGCCUUAAAGGGCUAUUAUGCCAUAAAAUAGUUUUCUAGACAUGUUGUUCCUCAUAAGCCUCAUUUGCACUGCAAUGUUCACUUUGAUUGGUGAAGACUUACUCAUAAUUAAACAAAAGUGAUUUACUAAAGCCAGAACUUUCAGUUUUAUUACAGUUUUAGGAAUCUAAUAUUCCAUCCAAGCUAUACUGUUAAUAUUCUUUCAGCUGACUUAUUUAUUUCUGUUUAACUGUAUACAAUAGAAUUACUUUACUGUACAAGCAUGUUGUUUGUUUGUUUGUUUGUUUGUUUAUGAACCUUACUGCACUGUUGGGUUCAAGCCUGUUUCAAACAUGCCACGCCUCCAUGUAGUGACAAGCAAUGAGAUGACGCCUCUCUUUUAGCCUGUAGUGCUCUUAAGGGAUUUCCCUGUGAAAGUGCUCUGAAAGCCAAAGACUUGCAAAGUGCCUAAUAUGGCAAUGUACUUUGGACAAGAUUUCCCAAUUAAAUGACAUCAUACCCAACUUAGCAAUUAGGAAUAUAACUUCCUCAGGCUGACUUUAGCAGUUUUAAAAUCAGAUACAUUUGGGCUGGUUUGUGUAAUGCCACAAUGUCAGUCUGUGAUCUUGAUGAACUGAUGAACUUGACACCUGCUAGUGGUAGCUCCAUUAAGAGUUGCAGCCACUGUAUAUUGGACAUGUGGAUCAGACGAUAAUUCUUUUUUCUGCAGUCCAUAGUAGUUUUGGCUGCAGCUUAUGUAAAAAAAUUAUUGGAAUACAUCAUGAGAAGCCUGUGAUUUAGAGGCAUAGUCCUAUGUAAAUGGGAGAAAGGGUGUUGGUGAUAUGACCUUAUCAAUAAAAAAAAAUUAUAUUGUUGAUAAAUGUUACUGCUACACAUAAUUUUGCUGUUUCUCCCAAACCAUCUGAAAAUAAUUUCUGACACGGAAUGUGUUUUGUAAACAUGUCUAAAGGUGUUUGAAAAGAAAAAUCUGCCCAAAUUUUCUUUAAAAUUAUGGUGCAAGUACAAAUGAAUUGAACUGACUAAGUAAAGUGCUUGGCCACCACUUGCCACCAGAGCAGCUUCAAUGCAUCUUGGUAUUGAUUCUACAAGUCUCUGCAACUCUAGUGGAAGGACCAACACCGUUCUUCUAAGGAAUAUUCUCUCAUUUGGUGGUUUGAUGUUGGCGGUGGAGACAAAUCGUCAUUACCUUUAGCAUAGGUGUUCAAAUUUGGUGUGAUCUGGUGACUAUGAAGGCUAUUUAUUGACUCAUGACUCAUCUGACCAUAUCGUCGUUUUCAUCUGGGUAGACCAGUGCCUGUGGUUUUUGCACCACUGAACUCUGGAAUUGAACUGAACUGUGCAUUCAUCUUUGUAAUGGGGGAUUGAUGCACUAGAGGCCGUGAUACUAUUACAUCCCUCUCGACGUAAUUGUCAACCAACUGUUCUUGCUGACACUGUCUGAUCACGUCCUGCAUUGACAUUCUCAGUCACCUGAGAACAAGUUGAUCCCCCUUUUUUCACACAUAUCACACUGUUACACGAGCAUCAUGCUCAUUGAAUGUGCUCUGUCAUUGGCAAUUUAUGUGCCUAUUCGCUGACGUGUUUACCACAGAUCUAAAUGUCCUUUUAGUCACUGUUGCUAUUGAAACACUCGUCAGCUGAGCAGUCUCUGGGACUGAAGCUCCUGCCAUCUGUGCCCCAACAAAGAACAUUCUCUCAAAGUCAUUCAGAUCUUUUCCUCUUAGGUUCCUGAUACAAUAUCAGAAUCAACUGGUCCUGCUCAGCAUUUUGAUACAUGCCACAGAGAAUGACUUGAUUUGAACUGCUUAAUUGUACCAUGCAGUGCACCUGUGUGGAAGCAACGGCAUGGGUUAUGUUUCUCUGCUCAUUUACUCAGAUUUUCCUUUAGUUUUUCAUCCGUCUGUAAUGUAUUAGGCAUAGGUAUUUAGCAGUUUUUUUAUGGGCUGCUAAAACAAUAUUUCUUACAGAAUGUAUGAUGAUCAUUUCCCAAGAACCACAUCCACUAAACUUUUCUUCUAGACAAGAUAGUGAACCUUUGAAUUGAUUGCACUGCGGCCCACACAAACACAAAAAUAGAAUACAUCUUCAGCUGUGCCAGAUUUGCUUGUCAAAAACCCAGUCUUGGCACCAUAAAAGAUUAUGGUUAAAGGAUUUUUUCGUUUACAAAUCUAGGCAAAAGAAGAAAAAAAUAGUGAAUUUUCUGUUCAGUCUUCAGGGGUAUACUGUUGUUUGUCAGACUCACUUAUCUCUGCUUUAUUUGUUUCCUGGGUGUGUGAAGUUGCGGUUUCAUUACAGUGAUCCUGCUGUUCAGUCGUUGCUUACAGUACUUACUGUACUCUGUGUUUGCCCUUUUUAUAAGUGUGUCCUUGAAGACAGAGGCCCUGAAUUCUCCCACACAUUCACCUACUCCACAACUACGUGGUGUACAUACUUGUUCGUGCCUAUCAAAGGGGUUAACUUUGGAAAGAACAGCAGAGCAGUGCCACUGUUGUUUUCAUUGGCUAAGCUGCAUGUCUGAAUAGCCUGCAACCAUUUAAAACUCUGCAUUUUGCCUUUCUCAAUCAUAGUUCAGUUCCAGAGGGGACAUGGAGAAAAAAAUCCAUAUCAGUCUGAGAUUAGUGAGAUUACUCCUCCCCCCAUGACUUUGUUGAACGAAACUUGCCUUUGGAUGUGUUCCAUUUAAACCCCUGUUAAAUAUCAUUGGUACUGCAAUUAAUUACAUGAAAAUAAACUAUAUGUGAAAUGUU